AUGGGAGCAGGAGCCAGUGCUGAAGAGAAGCACUCCAAACAACUGGAGAAGAAGCUGAAGGAGGAUGCUGACAAGGACGCCAGGACCGUCAAGCUGCUGCUACUGGGUGCAGGUGAAUCAGGCAAGAGCACAAUCGUCAAACAGAUGAAGAUUAUCCACCAAGAUGGUUACUCACGUGAAGAAUGCUUGGAGUUCAUCGUAAUCAUUUACAGCAACACCCUAUCCUCUAUGAUGGCUAUUGUGCGAGCGAUGACUACACUAAACAUGGGCUACGGAGACGCUGCCCAGCAGGAUGAUGCCAGGAAGCUGUCGCACCUGGCAGACACCAUUGAGGAGGGCACUAUGCCAAAGGAGAUGGCUGAGAUUAUCAUGCGCCUGUGGAAGGAUACGGGCAUCCAGGCCUGUUUCGACAGAGCCUCUGAAUACCAGCUCAAUGACUCUGCUGGAUACUAUCUGAGUGACUUGGAGAGGCUUGUCCAGCCUGGCUACGUCCCCACCGAGCAGGACGUGUUGCGAUCAAGAGUCAAGACCACUGGUAUCAUUGAGACCCAGUUUGGCUUGAAGGAUCUCAACUUCAGGAUGUUCGAUGUGGGUGGCCAGCGCUCAGAGAGGAAGAAGUGGAUCCACUGCUUCGAAGGCGUAACCUGCAUCAUCUUCAUCGCUGCUCUGAGUGCAUACGAUAUGGUGCUGGUGGAGGAUGAUGAAGUGAACCGAAUGCACGAGAGUCUCCACCUCUUCAACAGCAUCUGCAACCAUCGCUACUUUGCCACCACAUCCAUCGUACUCUUCCUCAACAAGAAAGACGUCUUCAUCGAGAAGAUCAAGAAGGCUCACCUGAGCAUGUGCUUCCCUGACUAUGAUGGCCCCAACACCUAUGAGGAUGCAGGUAAUUACAUCAAGGUGCAGUUCCUGGACCUCAACAUGCGACGAGACAUCAAAGAAGUCUACUCCCAUAUGACCUGUGCCACAGACACAGAGAACGUCAAGUUUGUGUUUGACGCUGUCACCGACAUCAUCAUCAAGGAAAACCUCAAGGACUGCGGUCUCUUCUAAGGUAUGACCUUCCCAGCUUUAACCCCCCUUUCCCCCUCUACCCCUU